AUGUGGCGCGUACCCAACGAGCUAUACGUCGAGCCGCAGCAAGAGCACCCCUGCCCACAGCACCCCCCACCCACAGUACCCCGCGGACUGUCAACACUCUCCACAGACACUGCGGACCCACUGCCCAGCUUAGAGAAAGACGCCCGGGCCAAGAUCCAGGGUUAUAAAAAUCAGUCUCUUCGCUACGAUACGCUGUUGAAAAGCGGCUUGAAUGCAUUUCUCACGUGGCUACCAGAGGCCGGCAGAACCUCACUUGCGAGGGAUGUGAUUGAGACAAGCUCCGACCGACAGCUAUACGAUGUUUUCCUGAAUCUUUUCACCGGACUUGCUGCACCGAUGAAAUCCCGAUCAAAAACACCCUCUGUUGUGGAAAGUCCUCAUUCAAAGCGCCAGGAGCACGUCGAUACAGUUGCCUCCACCCUCGAUCAACCGGAAAGGCGUGACCCUUCGUUCGCGGCACAGCUCCAACUGCGGGACAAUUAUCGCUGUGUGAUAACGGGUCAACUGAACACCGAUCGAUGGGAGCACGAAGGGGAACCAGAAAACGUUUUCUAUGGCCCGACUGAGGGGACUCACAUAAUACCUUUUGCGUUUGCCUCUUGGCAAGGAGUGUCCGGAGCGCCAAGAGAUAUAUCAAGCACCUGGACUGUACUGUAUAAGUGUUUCCCUACGCUACGCCAAAAUCUUUCAGUGGAGGAGAUCAACACUCUUCGCAAUGGGAUCACUCUUCGAGACUCGGUGCAUACCCAGUUUGGCAAAUUCACAAUUGCCUUGAAGCCUACCGGCAUCAAAAAUGAGUACGAGGUGAAGACAUACAAGCGCUAUCCCCCCGCUGACAUCGCCGCCAUUCCCUCCGAUCGGCGCGUCCGAUUUGUGCCAAACACAGAGUAUGAGAUUCCAAGCCCCGCAAUUCUCGAUGCGCAUUGGAGAAUGUGCGAAAUUUUCAAUGCAUCUGCUAUGGGAGAGACCAUUGAACGACACAUUCAGGACUGGGAAGAGUUGAGAGGCUCUGGGUGCGCUGUUGUGAGAGAGGACGGCUCGACCGAUCUCGCUAGUCUGCUGGAUAUCGCGCUAUGGGGAGAAACCUUUUAUUACACAACAUAA